UUGUUUCAGGUUUCAGAUAAGGGUCACUUUUACCCCCAUAAAAACUGUUUAUAUGUGUUGUGAAUGGAUCCAGAAGGCGGCAGUGGUGUCUGGUGUUAGACACGGCCCCUUCAAACAAAUGGCUCCUGUCAUGUACUGUUCCCAAAGGAAGAGAGAGGGCAACGCACAGAGCUCUUAAAAGGAAACACAAGCACAAGAGAAGACGGUCUCAUCCCUUUCUUCCACGUCUGCUCAGUGUCUGAGCCUGAACACUCCAUAACUGGAAUUAAUUUCCUCUUAAAGACACAGAUGCAGGACUAAGAGUGGACACGGCAUGAAAAUGGUUUCAGUUAAACUCCUCAUCCUUGGAGCUCAGAACACUGGGAAAACAGCGCUGUGUGUUCGUUUCAUAACAAGGCGCUUCAUUGGCGAAUACGACCAUAAAAAGGAGGUCACCUACAGAUGCACUCGGGUGGUGGACCAGGAAGCUGUUGAUCUGGAGAUUCUGGACUUGGCUUGUAAAGAGAGUUCUGUGGCUUCUCUGGAGGCAUCUAUCCGCUGGGCUGACGGCUUCCUGCUGCUCUACUCCAUCACACAUCGCCUCAGCUUCCUGGAGGUCCCACCACUCAAGAAACUCAUUGACCAAACCAAACAGAGUCUGGUGGUUCCUACAAUGCUCAUAGCCAACAAGUUGGAUCUGGAAAUUGGGCGUGAGGUGACAGCAGAGGAAGGACAGAGCCUCGCCAAGGACUUAAGAUGUGUUUUCGGGGAGCUGUCUGUGGCUGAAGCUGCAUCAGCUGUGGAGGCAGCAGUGUUGCAACUCAUCAGGCUGGUGUUGGAUCAGCAGCGCCCCCUGCCUGACCGCCGCUCCUACAUGUUGACUGUCCGCCAUGCUCUGACCAGGAAACUGACCCGAUCCAAGACCAUGCAGUGGUAACGGCAGCAGGCAAAUCACUCAGCAGCAGCAGGGAGGAGUAGAUUCAAUGUCUCUGAUCCAUGGAUUUUAGCACUGCUGCUCAGUCCCAGCAACUUUGUUUGUUGUGUUGCAUCUUCCAGUAGAGGGCAGUACAAUCAUUUCACCAUUGCGUGGGGCCAAAUGUAUGUGGACACUGUGGUUCAGUUUGGUGUGAAUGUGUCAUGCACUCAUGAAAACGUCCAAAGAAGAGUGAGAGGUUGUAUUAACAUGAAAUGAAUGCCUAUUGUUUUUCAGUGACAUCAUUAUUCAGAACUAUAUUUGCUUGUAAUGUUAUUGUGUGUGUGCUCACUAUUGUCUCUUCUGUCAAGUACCGAAGAGGGCUUUUGGGAAACAAAAAAAAGCCAGAUUUCUGCCUUUAAUCUCAGAAUUCUCUCUUUUUUUAUUUGUUUUUCAGAGCAUUAUGAGAUUAAAAUCAGAACUCUAAGUCAGACACAUAGGAUUCCAAGAUGUGAUAAAUCAGUUGUUCCCAUAGUGCUGUUUAAUUUUUAACCAUAAACACCUGUAAAGUGUUACUAUCAACUGUUAUUGCUAACGAUGUAUUAGGUAUAUAGGCGAAUAAUUGCUUUAAAAUAAAAUGGUUUGGUCUUUGUA